AUGUCCAUCCAAUCCAAACAUUUUUUGAACACUCAUGAGGAUCUUGUCGUCGAGUCCCUCGAAGGCCUUUGUACCUUAAAUCCGCAACUCUCACUUGAUCGCGCAGACAAGGUGGUCUAUGUGACAUCUCCGGAUCAUACCAAGGUCGCUCUCAUCUGCGGUGGCGGAUCGGGACACGAACCAGCUCAUUCAGGUUUCGUGGGCGAUGGCAUGCUUACCGCUGCCGUAUGCGGAAGCGUGUUCGCGUCUCCUAACGCAAGUCAAGUCCGUCGGGGCAUCGAUUUGACAGAGAAUGAAAAGGGAACCGUUAUCAUCGUGAAGAAUUACACCGGCGAUGUUCUGAAUUUCGGCCUGGCAAAGGAACAGUACGCCGCGUUGCAUCCCACGAAAGCUGACCGUGUCAAGUUUGUCAUCGUCGGCGAUGACGUUGCUGUGGGCAAGACCCAGGGUCGCAUUGUUGGCCGAAGAGGUCUUGCGGGUACUGUGCUCGUAUAUAAGAUCGCCGGGGCCCUUGCAAAGAGAGGCGCAAGCCUCGACGAGGUAUAUUCUGUUGCUCAAUGGGUUGCUUCAAGAACGGGUACCAUCGGCGUUAGCUUGGAGCACUGCCAUGUACCCGGUACUGCCGCCUCCGAAUCGCACCUCUCACCUUCAGAAAUCGAGAUCGGUAUGGGGAUCCACAACGAGCCGGGUAACCGCCGUCUCUCACCCGUACCGCCGCUGAACGAGCUGAUGCCGCAGCUCAUCGAAUUCCUCACGUCUACCACGGAUCCCGACCGAUCUUUCCUCCCCUUCCGUGGUAAGGACAAAGUCGUCCUACUCGUUAACAAUCUGGGUGGGACUAGUGAGCUCGAGCUCAGCGGCAUAGUAGGCGAGGCCAGGAGGGUGGCAGUCAAGGCCGGUCUGCAAGUUGAACGCGUCCUGGCGGGCACAUUCAUGACCAGUCUGAACAUGCCUGGCUUCUCAAUCACCCUGCUCCUCCUCCCUCACGCCGAUGAAACGGGCCCUCCGGCCUCCCUUAUACUCUCCCUACUGGACGAGAAGGCCAACGCGUCCGGAUGGAAGUGGGCAUCUGGUUCACCGCCUCUACCAUCCUCAGUGCAAGUGAAGCAGACGUCCGGCACGGCACCUGUCGCAGCGGCCCGCGAUGUCACGGCGUUGACUGCUGAAGACCCGAAGACGUUCGUAGCUGCCGUAGAGCGAGCAUGCCAGGGGCUCGUUGAGGCGGAGCCGGAGAUUACCCGGAUGGACAUCAUCGCCGGAGACGGCGACUGUGGGCUGACACUCAAGACCGGCGCGCAGGCGGUGCUCCGAGAAGUGCAGAACGGAAAUAUCACAGGCGAGGACGUCGUCCGCUCCGUUAUAUCCGUGUCAAAGGUGGCGGAGGAGCAGAUGGGCGGAACCAGCGGAGCCCUUUACUCAAUAUUCUUCUCUGGCCUCGCUCAAGGUCUCCAAGCGCAAUUCUCCGGCAAAAGUACCCUGACGUCUGUCCAGUGGUCUGCUGCUCUGACGUCUGCGCUCGAGAAGCUCUACACCUACACCCGCGCCCGUCCGCCAUCGCGCACGCUGGUUGAUCCCCUUGAAGCUUUCGUUACAGCAUUGCCGGCGAACACGACCGACUUCAGCGGCGCGGUGAAGGCAGCGAGCGACGCUGCGCUCAAGACGCGUGAUCUGGAGGCGAAGGCCGGCCGCAGUGCCUACGUAGAAGGCGACAGGCUCAGACAAGAGAGGGUCCCAGACCCGGGCGCAUGGGGUGUCAAGGUCAUCGUGGAAAAUCUCCUUGCUUGA